CGCGCACCGCCAGACCUCCGCUGUUGCUGCGUGCGUGUCCACGCUUUAUGAAGGCGCGCUCCCGCGUUCCCUCAGGUGAAUGGAGUGAGGGAGAGGACAGGACAAGUCCCGUGUGCGUCUCCGGCCGAGCUGAAGUGACAAAAAUGGGGCUUCGCGGACUGACCAGGACGCGGGUGUACAUGACAGUCUGCCUUCUGUGGGUGACUGGAUGCUUUACGCAAAAAGUUUACUUUGAUUGUGGCGCCAAGGUGGAUGUUGUGGACGUACAGGGCCUCAUUCUGUCACCUGGCUUCCCAUAUAACUAUUCAUCUGGAACUCACUGUGUGUGGCAGUUCUUUAUACCUGUUGGUCACCAGCUAAUCAUGGAGAUGUUUGAUUUUGAUGUCUUUGAGAGUCACGACAAUCCUGCAAGAUAUCCCACCACAUCAGAUGCUGUUGUGGAUGAGGUACCAAACGAUAGUGGCUUGCUGGUGUCAAAAAGCCUUGGGAGUCCAAAGGAACCCCAGUCCACACACAGAGAGGACGUCAAACAAGUGGUGAUCCAAGAACAGUCCACCAAAAUGGAGAUGACCAAAGUUUCCAAUUCUGCCAAAAUGCUUUCCGAUUCCCCCUUGGCUCCCCAAGCGUCUCUUCCAGUUGAAAACAGAAAUUCCGUUUCACUUCAGGCAUCAAGAGCAGCCAGCGACUUUACCUCCACAAGUCCACGUACGCCCAUAGAAACGGAUGAUGCUGUGAGCCCUGAGACCCAGCCACCUUUGAUUGAUGCUUGUCCCCAUGAUGUCCUCUACAUAUCUGAUCUCAUCACCUUCUCCUCACGCUUCUGUGGCUCUAGACGCCCUUCUAGCAGCCAGUUGGUGUUUGGGUCUGAUGAUGACAUGGUGGAGGUCAUUAUGGAGUUGAUAACCACUACCCACUGGGGCCGUGGUUUCGCUCUCCUCUUCCAUUAUCAGAAUCAAACACAGGGAGCCACAAGCCAACGACAGAGAUCGCUAUUGACCUCGGACGGCAGAGCUGGUGCACUGCUCGGUGCUGUAAGUGGAACAGUUGUAUUUGCUUUUGCCCUGGCUGGAAUCCUCUGUAUGAUUUUCAGGCCGAAACUAUGCGCGAAAGGAGCCAAUGCUUCCUCCUCCAUCAGCUCAGAGGUUCCAGAAGGAGUGUUAAAUUCAGCGGCAGAUGUGAGUGAGCUGCAGAUGGUUUCUCCCAAUCGUUUGGAGCAGCAGCCGGGUGCAUUGAACGACAACAACAACCAUUCCGUCAACCGCAGUCUGUCCCAUACAGUAAUUGGAGCAUGUGACGUGUCAGAGAAGGCCGCUCUAGAGCAGUUCUCCAGUGGUCUGACUGAAUUAGAAGUAGGCACAGAUGAGGUUUUUAUCAUCGCCUCUGCACCCAACUCAGCCCAACUGCCCUUCUCUCCACAUACUCAACGAGAGCGUUUCCUGAGACAUAGUGACACGGGACCCAGCCGUCCCUUUGACUGGCCAACUCCAGAUCAAGCGCUGCCUUCUGUGACAAAGAGCAGUCUUGUCGGAUCAACAAACAGCACACGACCACGAGCGUGGAGCGUCCGAACCUUCCAGGAUCUCCUUCCACCUCUUCCUCAACUCCAUAAGAAAUGGUGCAGUUGGAACUCAACCAGCCCAUUCACCAAGCUGGUGGACAGUGGACUCCCAACCACAGCUACAGAUUCUGGAAGGGGCAAGAUCCUAUCUGAUGCUCCUCUUCACAGUCCUGCCGACAACUGCCAGUCCGACUCCUUCAUGAGUAACGCCUCAUACCCCCUGACUCAACCCGCACAGCGCCAGAGACGUCUCAACUCCACCAGCAACCUCCGACGCACACGUUUCAACACUCCAUGCUUCGGCCUGCUCGCUGACACGCCCGAGUCCUCCAACCCACAACAGAAUGGAAUCACAACCUCAAACACGCCCUCAGACACCAGUGGCACCCCAUCCACCCAGCUGCAGGUCAGACGUCCAAUAUCGAGCACAGAAGAUGACCACGUCACAGUACCAGUGUUUCCAAUCUCAGAAGAAGAAGACCGACAGCCUCUCGUCUCAGCAGAACAUCCCAAGACGCCUUUGAGGAUGAAUGGACAGAUGUUUGAAGGCACAAAAAUGCCACUUUUAUCAAAAAGCCAAGUUACUAGCAUCCAAGCAACUUCUCUAGUGAGGGGAGGCCGCGGUGGUGCGCUGGAGACGCGGGAUCCUUCAACUCUUUCUUGCUGACAGUGCCAUGAAGUUUGAGUAUGAUGGUCAUGUGACCAAUUUAGCCAAUAAAUGAUCUCAACAGGACUGAAAACUCAGCUUAUGAGCUGCUCCUGAUGUUUUCAGAUGGUGCGAAGCACAUGUGGUGUUUGUUAUAUUGGCAUGAAUGAAAAAUGACAGCACUUAUUGUUUGUGUUAUUGUAUCUGCACAGUUAUGAAAACCAUCUAACAGUAUAUUUUAUAACCUGGAAAUUUAACCAAGAUCACUUAAUGUUUCUGUGCACUACUGAGAGUUCCAGUUGUAGACUGGCUGCAUUGUUACUUCAUUAUGAAAUUCCAUGUAUCUGCUCUGAAAAAUACAGCUUGUUCUAAUCCCUUUGCAACACGUAGAAGACCAAUUAGCUAGUCUGGUAGAAAGCUGCUUGGCGUCCACAUUUUUUUUGUAAUUCACCAUGGCUCCAAUACACGCAUUGUACUGUUAAAAAAAAAAAAAAACAAAACAAAAAAAAAAAAAACCUGCAAAUUAGUAAAGCAUAUAUGAAUGGAAAUUGUAUAUAUUCUUAUUUCUCAAGGGAUGUAACCACUGAAACGUUCAUUUCGACUUUAAACGUUCUACAAAUUUCAAUCAAGUUACUGUUUUUCUUUUUUUUUUUUUCACCUGUAUCACUUACUAUGUGCCUUGUGGCGAUCAUUUAUGCUGCUAAAUAUGCACUGACGCAAUACCUGAAAUUGUGUAUACAAUCAUUUUUAUAAUGUAUUCAAUUACAUAUGCUGCAGCUGUUUUCAUUAUGAUGUUUUCCUGAAUGCAGUAAUGUCAACUGUACUGAUUUUGAUGGAUUAUAAAGGGAACUGAUCACUGUACAUACAUUUAAAAUGCAGUAACUAACAUUUAAUGCAAAUAAAACUUGUAUUCGUGA